AUGCAUGUUCUUUUGGAGCUCCGUAAACAGAGCCUUAUACAUAUUUGCGAUGCCUUCAAAAAAGAGCAUGAUAAAGAUAAUGUAGAUGAACAAGUACUUAAAGAAUUCAAUAAGAAAAGACGAAGGGACAGAGAAGAGUUAAACAACAUGUGUAUGCAUGUUCAAAGAAAACUGGUCAAUCAGAAGAUGAAAAUCUUACAGUUGACUUUUUACAACAUCUUUUUCUGCAUAUACAAUAGUAGCUUCAAACAUAUUCAGGCAACACCUACAAGAAAAAAAAUCAAUCAACAUAGAGAGAAAACAAUCUGGUGGCGUAUCACGUACCCAAGUUUGGGUGACACUCCUCACAUAGAUGAUAUCGGAAGGGUAGUCAAAGAGAGUAUGUUUAAGGAGCACUACCACAUUACCUUGUCUACUUUUGAGACACUAGUAAACAUUCUUUCAGGAACUGAGCCAUAUAGAAGAUGUGAUGAAAGUGAACUGGCUUGGCCUGUAUGGAAACAGGUGGCAGUUGUUCUCUGGAGAUUUUCCAACACACACUUUGGAUAUAGAAUGGCAAAGGACAAGUUUGGGUGUAGCCAUGGAGGCUACAACAAUUUCACUGACCAGUUUAUUCUUGCCAUGAGCUCAAUUAUAAUUGACAAUGUCAUUACCUGA